AUGGCAAUGCAGCUCCUCAGGCAUCUGCGACUCUGUAAGAAGAUUGCUAUCCCAAACAAUGUAAAACUAAGGUGUAUAUCAUGGAAUACAGAUCAGGGCUGGAUUGCUUGCGGUGGAGAGACUGGAUUGCUGAAGGUUCUCCGUCUUGAUGGCGCAACUAGUAAGGACACGAAGGGGAAGAAGGAAGGUGGUCCGCCGGGCGGAAACCUCUCCCUUAACCAAACCCUUGAGGGCCAUAAUGGCUCGGUCAUGUGCGUGUGCUGGAACAACGCUUUCCAGAAGCUCACCACCAGCGAUGAGUUUGGACUCAUCAUUGUGUGGAUGCUGCACAAGGGCAUGUGGUUUGAGGAGAUGAUUAACAACAGAAAUAAGUCCGUGGUAAAGGACAUGAAGUGGACGGCCAACGGCGAAAAGAUUUGCAUCAUCUACGAAGAUGGCGCCGUCAUUGUGGGAUCCGUGGACGGCAACCGCCUUUGGGGCAAGGAGCUCGGCAUGGAGCUUGCACUCGUGGAGUGGUCUCCGGACGGCCGCCUGCUGCUGUUUGCCACGCCGCAAGGCGAUUGCCACGUGUACGAUGGCAACGGCAAUGGAGUGGCCAAGGUGCCACUAUACUGCAAUGAGGGGUAUGCAGGUGCCUCCAAGAUCAUUGGUGUGGAAUGGUACGACGGCGUGGAGGGCUACGCAGAGCCCAACUGCCCUGUGCUGGCUAUCUGCCUGGACAACGGACGAAUGCAGCUGAUGCGUUACGAGUCGGACGACAACGCGGUGUGCAUUGACACGGGCAUCAAGCCGGUGAAAGUCAAAUGGAACAUGAACGGCACGAUCUUGGCCGUGGCCGGCUUCCAGACGAGUAGCGCGGUGGCGGACGGGCGGGAGCUGUGGAUGGUGCAGUUCUAUAACCACAACGGCGAGCACCUUCGCACGCUGCGAGUCCCCGGUGGUGGCAUCUCCGGCAUCUCCUGGGAGGGCAACGGGCUGCGUCUGGCGCUCGCUGUGGACAGCUACGUCUACUUCGCAAACGUACGCCCCGACUACAAGUGGGGGUACUUUUGCAACACGCUGGUGUACGCCUUCAACCGGCCUGACCGCUCCGAGCACUGCGUCAUGUUUUGGGACACCAAGAACAACGACAAGUACCCCAAGUAUGUGCGCAAGCUGGUCGCCAUCCAGGCGUUUGGGGACUUCUGCGUCCUGGCAACCAAGGGUGAGAACCAGGGAGAGCACAUUCUCAUCCUGUGCAACGCGAUCGGGUCCCCUGUGGAUUCCAAGUACAUUGAGGUUGAGCCCAAGUACCUGGCCAUCACCAACUACCAUGUGAUUGCCGCCAAUGACGAGGUGGUGUAUGUGUGGCAGUUCAGGACGUCGUUCUCCAAGGUUCUGUCCACCGACAUCAACGCGGUGAAGCGCAAGGAUGUGCGUGAAAAGAUGUUCUCGGUGGACGAUGCUAACCCGGCGCUGUCGGACCGCUCUCCUGAGUCCUUCCGCAACAUGACCACCCAGACGACCGACCCCAUCGCCUGCAUCACCGCCUGCGACUCGGUGCUCAUGAUUGGUCGCGCCAGUGGGGUGGUGAACCGAUACUCCCUGCCGCACCUCACACUGGACGCGCAGCACGUGCUCAGGUGCAGGCCGCAGAUGCUCUCCCUCAACUGCAACCUAAGCAAGAUGUCGAUCAUUGAUAUCAACGGCGUACUCACCUUCUUUGACCUCACGGCGAAGGCGACAGGCGGUGGCGCCAACACCAUGGGAGAGCACCUGGCCUUUGAGCGCAAGGACGCGUGGGACAUGCGGUGGGCGGACGACAAUCCCGAGUUGUUCGCUAUGAUGGAGAAGACCCGCAUGUACAUCUUCCGAGGGCUCGACCCCGAGGAGCCCGUCACCUCCGCUGCCUACCUGUGCUCCUUCCACGACCUGGAAAUCACAGCCGCCUUCUUGGACGACAUCAUGCAGCAACCCGACCAGCCGGACCUGGAGUUUAUGGUCAUGUAUGAGACGCGCAGUCUGAGGGAUACCAGGGAGCUCCUCAAGAGCGCCUCUGUGGAUGACGCCUACUCGUUCGUGGACUCCAACAGCCACCCCCGCCUGUGGCGCAACCUGGCUGAGCACGCCUUGGAGGCGCUGGACUUCACCACCGCGGACAAGGCCUUUGUGCGGUGCGCGGACUACCAGGGCAUUCAGUUUGUCAAGCAUUUGGGCAAGCUGGAUGACAAGGCAAAGCAGCGCGCGGAGGUGGCGGUUUACUUCAAGCGCUUUGACGAGGCUGAGCAGCUGUACAUGCGUAUGGACCGCCCCGACCUGGCCAUCGACAUGCGUAUGCGGCUGGGAGACUGGUUCAAGGUGGAGCGACUGAUUCGCGAGUCCAGCGGCGACGACGCGCAGCUGCUUCACGCACACAACAAAAUCGGCCAGUAUUACAGCGACCGACACAAGUGGGGCAAGGCGGCGCAGUACUAUGCACAGGCCAAGAACAGCGAGAUGCUCGUCGAGUGCUUUUACGCGCUGGAGGACUUUGUGGCGCUGGGUCGCCUAAUGGACGCCCUUCCGGACGGCUCCCCGCUGCUGGCCAAUAUUGGCGAGAAGUUCCAGAGCGUGGGGUUGUGCAAUGAGGGCGUGACGGCCUUCCUCAAGGCCGGGGAUACCAAGCGCGCCAUCGACUGCUGUGUGUUGUUGAACCAGUGGGACCAGGGUGUGUCGCUGGCUCAGACACAUAACUUCCCGCAGAUAGAGCAGCUGCUGGCCAAGUAUGCCAACCACUUGCUGGAGAAAGACAAGGUGAUGGAUGCCAUUGAGUUGUACCGGAAGGCCAACCACUCGAUGGAGGCGGCCAGGCUAUUGCAGGACCUUGCCAAGAAGUGUGCCUCCCAGAAGGUCCACCCGCUCCGUGUCAAGAAGCUGUACGUGCUGGCUGCUCUGGAAAUUGAGAAGUUCAAGAAGCGAACCUUGGAACUAGCGGGACCCGAUAAGGCGGCAGCCACCCUACUUGGAGGGGCGGGAGGAGGAGCGGGCGGUACAGCCACCAUGGCGGCCACUGCGGCGCAGACGCUCGCCGGCCUUAUGACACUCGAGUCGGUCGUAUCAGGCGAGGCGGGUGUGGAUUCCGCCUGGCGCGGUGCGGAGGCCUACCACUUUUGGCUGUUGGCGCAUCGGCAGUUGUACUCGGGCAAUGUGGACCUGGCCAUGCGUACGGCGUUGCAUCUGCGCGAGUACGAGGAUCUGUUGGAUCCACUGGAAAUCUACUCCUUCCUGGCGCUGGCCGCCUUUUACAACCAGUUCUUUGGGCAAUGCUCGAAGGCCUUCAUCAAGCUGGAGUCCAUGCCCUCCAUCCCCACCGACAAGCGCGAGGCGUUUGCCGACCUGGCCAUGUCCAUAUUCCUGAAGCACCCGCCUGCCGAUCCGAGGGCGCUGCGGGAGACUCGUGAGAAAAAAGGUCUGGGAGGCGGUGGAGGUGCGGCAACUGGCAGCUCCCUGGACGCGCUGCUGGAAGACCUGGGCGGCGGCCGGGAUCAGGUUUGUGUCGCCAGUGGCCGCAUCGUUCGUGAUGGCAACGUGGUCCGCUGCCGCACCUGCAAGCACCUCUCCAUCACCCACGAGCUGCGAGGCAACACCAUCUGCCCGCUGUGCCACUCUGCGUUGCCUGCAACUGCCGCCGCAGCCGGUGUGGGGGCGGGGGGCCCGCCUGGCAGGUCCCUGUCCUCCAAGGCGUCGACGGCGGCUCAGAUGUCGCACCUGUAUGCGGGCUACUGA